CCGCACUAAAUAAGGCUAAUGUUUCCAGUUUCCAGAGGUUGAUGUCAGUGUAACUGGAUUCCUCCAGUCUGGAAACAACUGGGAACAAGAUGGCUGAGGGUGGACUGGAAAACUGCUUUUCCAAACUCUCACAAAAGCUUGACUAAAGCCACCCAGAGAGAAAAAACAUGCAAGUUACUGUAAAUGACACGAUGAGCUCCAGUCGCGUCCGUCCUCAAGCACCGCAGGCCCAGGCGGCAUCUGCCCCCGCAUCCUCUCCGCCUUAUGAAGGGAUCGAGAUGGAGAAAAUGCAUCAUGAAGAGGUGGGCCUCGGAGUGCCCGAUGAGACCCCCUCUCCACCCACCUCCAGCUCCAGACAGGCAUGGAGCCGGGAUAACCCAGUGUUCGAGCCGGAGGAGGGGAUGAUGGAAGCGGACUGGCCUCCGGCGAGCCCCGGUCGGAGGUCUGUGUCCACGGCGUCCAGCAGCAGCAUCAGUGCGCGCAUCAACAGAGGACUGUACCCAACUCCACCAGCACAAGAACACAGCAGCUGUGGCAAGAGGAUACUGGAGAAAAUGAGAGUGCUGUGGGAUACCCGUCUUUUGGGUGAGAGCAACAGUAACCGAGAGAUGUACCUGAAAACUACACCACCAUAAAUGAUCACCCACAUCAUAUUUAUGUUCAACAUUGUAUUAGUAACCUAUGGAAUGGUGAGCACCAACAUGUACUACUACACCAAAGUCAUGUCCCAACUCUUCUUGGAUACACCGCUGACAAGCAGAGAACCCACGACCUUCAAGACCCUCUCAACCAUGGAGGACUUCUGGAAAUUCACAGAAGGCCCCUUUCUUGAUGGCAUGUACUGGGAGUUCUGGUACAACAGCAAGAGACUCCCAGAAAACCAGAGUCUGAUCUACUACGAGAACCUCCUGUUAGGCGUCCCACGUCUCCGGCAACUCAAAGUACACAAUGAGUCCUGUUCUGUCCAUGAGGACCUGCGGGAUGAGGUUUACGACUGCUACAGUGUCUAUUCUCCCACCAAUGAGGACAAGUCACCAUUCGGACCAAAGAAUGGCACAGCGUGGAGAUACGCAGAGGAGAGCAGGCUGGGUGAGAGCAGCUACUGGGGUCAGGUGUCGACCUAUAGCGGUGGAGGAUACUACCAAGACCUGUCACGCACUCGAGAGAAGUCAGCCAAUCAGCUGCAGGAGUUAAAAAACAACCUCUGGUUGGAUCGUGGCACUAGAGCAGUGUUCCUGGACUUCUCCAUCUACAAUGGCAACGUUAACCUGUUUUGUAUUGUCAGGUUGCUGGUGGAGUUUCCAGCCACAGGUGGCGCUGUGACCUCCUGGCAGUUCCAGACAGUCCGUCUAAUCCGCUACGUGUCCAGCUGGGACUACUUUGUGGGGAUGUGUGAAGUGGCCUUCUGCCUCUUUGUGCUGUAUUACCUGGUAGAAGAAGUUCUAGAGAUCCGCCUGCAUCGCUUGCGUUACUUCAAGAGCCCUUGGAACUGCUUGGAUGUUCUCAUUGUCGCACUCAGCGUUCCAGCCAUCAUUAUGAACAUCUGCAGAACUUCAGCGGUCAGUCACAGACUUCACUUCCUGCUGGAGAACCACAACACAUACCCCAACUUUGAGCCGCUUGCUCGCCUUCAGGUUCACUUCAACAACCUGGCUGCCGUCAUCGUCUUCCUCUCGUGGGUGAAGCUUUUUAAGUUUAUUAAUUUCAAUAAGACCAUGAAUCAGCUGUCCACCACCAUGUCACGCUGUGCCAAGGACCUGAUGGGCUUCGCUAUCAUGUUUUUCAUCGUGUUCCUGGCCUACGCUCAGCUGGCAUAUUUAGUGUUUGGAACUCAAGUUAACGACUUCAGCACCUUUCAGGCCUGCAUUUUCACACAGUUCCGGAUCAUUCUGGGAGAUUUUGACUUCUCAGAAAUCGAGGAGGCCGACAGCGUGUUGGGGCCAAUUUACUUCACCACCUUUGUGUUCUUCAUCUUCAUGAUUCUACUGAAUAUGUUCUUGGCCAUCAUCAAUGACACUUACUCUGAGGUGAAAGCUGACAUGGCCCAGCAGAGGUCAGAGAUGGAGAUCACAGACCUCAUCAAGAAGGGCUACAACAGAGCGAUGGUCAAACUCAAGCUGAAGAAGACCUCCAUCAAUGACAUCCCAGACAGUUUACACCAGGCUGCAGGCAAACUCAACACCAAUCAGUUAUAUGCAUUUGUGCACAGAAAGGGCCAUUCGGAUGCUGAGAUUGAAGCCAUUUUUGCCAAGUAUGACCUUGACGGAGAUCAGGAACUGACCGAACACGAGCACCAGCAAAUGAGAGAUGACUUGGAGAAAGAGAGAGAGGACUUGGAUCUGGAGCACAGUUCGCUGCCCAGGACAGUGAGUGGGCGGAGCUUCUCACGCAGCCAGGACGACUCUGAGGAGGACGACGAUGAGGACAGUGGACACAGCUCUCGUCGCCGUGGCAGCAGCUCAGGGGGCGUGUCAUACGAGGAGUUCCAAAUGCUCGUGCGUCGAGUGGACCGCAUGGAGCACUCCAUCGGCAGCAUCGUGUCAAAGGAGAGAGCUAAGAUGAAGAGGAGAGAUGUGCUUGAAAGAACCAAGAAUAAAAUCAUGGAGGACGAGAGGAUGGGCCGAGAUCCAGAGCUGCACCGAGAGCAAAUGGACAGGCUGGUGAGAGAAGAACUGGAGCGCUGGGAGUCUGAUGACACCAUGUCACAGGUGAGCCACCAUCAGGCCACUCCCAUCAUCCCAUCUGCUCAGCUUCGCCCACGCAGCUCCCGCUCACCAUCCUCGCUGUCCAACGAGGGCCCAGAUGGUGCGGCCAGUGGGGCCACCCACAUGUGAAGAGUUU